CUGCCAACGUCACAUGAUCAACAUGGACUACGGGAAUGGUCAAGAAACAAGUGCCUCAAUGGAAGAUCUACAUGGACUACAUCAUGAGCCCAGCAAAAGCAUUGGGGAUACUAGUAUGCUACCACCCCUCAGCAACUUCAUUUUGUCUGGGAUCUCGCUGACGAAGAAAUCAAUCAACGGGAGGCCCUGCCAUCGCUGUAUUCGCAUCGUUCAAGGCCAACCACUGUACAUUCAAGUUGAAGGCUGCAGUCAUAUUCGUAUGCAGCCAUCUGACAUCACAAUCAUUGCUUCGGCAUCAUGCCAGUGGAAAGCGAAAAGCCACCGUCCUUACGCCAUCACCAUCACACUGCGCUUCCUUCAACUUGGCCGUCACAUAUUGCGGCUGCAGUGUGCACGGACGCAGCUGGCCAUCACCAACUCGCCCCUGGAAGUGCAUUGUGUGGCCGACUUGAUCACAGCGCUGGGCGAAUUGAGUACUCAUCGAGACUGUGUCAAGCAGCAGUGGCACAAAGCCAAUGGGCAUGUUGGCUUGUUCGUGUCGUACUUAUUGCAGGUCACCCCCUUGGGCCCCCUCGUGGGCCACUCCGUUGUGCUGGAGGGCUUGACGCACACUAGGCAUUUAUACGACUUGGACAGCUUGGGGGAUGUCAGUGACCGCCUAGCCUUGCAACUAAGCAAUAUCAACGUGAACACAUUUGAACAUGUCCAGAACGUGGAGGCUACAGUCCAGCACAUCCACGACGACCUUGUUAACCACCAACACCUCACCAACAGCCGGCGACUCACAACUUCCGAUGGUCCUAUCCAGUGGAUUCUAAAGCACUGGAAAGUCGAUGUACAAGCAAGUAGUACGCCGUGUCCACUCCGCGACCGCCGCCCCCAACGGGCUUCCACUCCAGCGCACCGCCUGGCGGAUCUGGUCGUGUCGACUCCUGAGCAUGCCGCCACGUGCUUGGCACUCCAAGAACACUCGGCAUUCGUUCUCCCUGUGGUGUGGACUGUCACGGACCGAGGCGAUGCUGGCUAUUCCACUGUAGGCAACGGAGCCAAGAGGCGGCGUUCAACCACUCGUUUCAAUGAUGAUGGUGGUGGUGCAAAUGGCCCUUCGUUUACACUUCGAUCGGCCCUUCUCGGUCGAAUGCAACAGACCCGCGAAUCCAUGCAGACGCUCUUUCAUUGCUUUACUGACUCUACCGCGUUUGGCGUCGAGCGUUUUAUCACCACGAUGGGGCCCCCCCAGCCGCUAGUGGUAUCGUUCUCAUGCGAAGAGCUGUGUUGUUGCUUUGACUUUCUCGACAUUGAACGCACUGGGAAUGUCACACUUGGUGCGUUUCAAACAUUUUGUAUGGACCCAACCCACCGCUCGUUUUGGACCACGUUCUGCCAGGAGCUGGCCCACACUAUUUGCGCCAAACACAUGGAAAACCAAAGCCAAAUGGAAGCUAUAUUUGGCCAAGCGACGCAGAUGUUGGUGGCAAUGCCUGGCUAUGCGCAUGUGCAGUGCGUGAACGGCUGGUGCUCGUGGGAGAGCUUUGUGCACGGGUUGCAAGUGCUGGUUCCUACGAUAUCAGCGAACGACCUUGUUCGCGUUUGCAGGCGGUUCGACGUGCUCGGGAAUGGCCAUGUGGAUAUUCGACUGUUUUGUCGGGCUGUGUUGAAGGCUUGGGUGGCGUCAGCUUCGGAAGUAUUGCCUUUGAACGAAACCCAACGCUCCAAGCGGGCCUCUUCUGCAACCAAUACUACUAGCCAGCAAGUUGCUGUCAAUGGACAAUUCAAGGCCGUGACAAAAGCCUGCCUUCAGAGCCACACCCGCCCGGACGUCCGACUAUUUAACAGCUCGUUGGCCGUUCGAAAACUGUUCGAGUCGAGAGCCCAUGCGGCGACCUUGAUAUUCCCAGACAACGAGGACGAGAAUGACAAGGCCAAGUUGCACGGUCGAGCCAAUCAUUUGCUGACUACGACCAAAGCCAAGCCCGUGUCGUGGCUCGUCAAGUACUACAGUUGGAGGGUUUGUGAUUCUAUGCUAAUUUAUUACUGUAUUGGCAGGGAAGGGGUGUGGUUUCGUCCGAAAAGCACCCAACUGGGCCGGGCCCAAUCGUGUGCAGAACUGUCGGGUCGACUGGCGAUCAACGACACGUUCCGUGGCGAGUUGAAUUAGAUUCGCGCCCUCGCAAUGUAGCACGAAUUAAUCACUGCUUAAUUCAUGCUACCGCCAUCAUGUUAUGCAA